AUGUCUGAGUUGGCGCCGUCGAAUGACAAGGGCUACAAGGGUCAACUGGCUUUCAUCGAGUUCACCACGGAGUAUCGAUUGCCUAGACACAUUCACAUGAGUCUCGACAAGACCAAGCUCAUCGAUGAAAGGAUCAUGAUCUUGCGUGGUGUAGGUCUGGUCGAGAUGGCGGGCGAGUAUUUCGCAGUGGCGCCCGGGUCCUUGGUCACCACGGUUGGCGGUGUCCCGCACACCUUCACGGCCUGUCCGGCGGGAGUCAAACUGCCUGAUGGCAGUGUUUCUACUGGGUCUUUCUUGAUGGUCUACGACCUUUUAUCCCACUUCGUCCACAAAGCUUGUCAAAGAUCCUGCGCAGCAUGA